GUCAGCAUAUAUAUACAGUAUAUGCAAAUAUCAAAGCUGUAGAAGCUGAGAGUGAAGAGAGAAGAUGGUGGUGAAGGUGUAUGGUGCAGAGAAUGCUGCUUGUGCACAGAGAGUGAUGGCUUGUCUUGUGGAGCUGGGUGUGGAUUUUGAGCUUGUCCAUGUCGAUCUUGACAAAGGAGAGCAUAAGAAACCAGACUUUCUUCUUCUUCAGCCCUUUGGACAAGUUCCUGCUAUAGAGGAUGGCGAUUUCAAGCUCUUCGAGUCAAGGGCAAUCAUAAAGUACUACGCAGCAAAGCAUGCGAGCCGAGGCCCCAACCUGAUCGGAAGCGGGCUGGAGGAGAGAGCGUUGGUUGAUCAGUGGUUGGAGGUGGAGGCUCACAACUUCAACGAGCUUGUCCACGCGAUGGUGCUCCAACUUCUGAUCCUGCCCCGAAUGGGCGAGCCCGGCAACUUACCCUUGGUCCGCAGCUGUGAGAACAAGCUGGAGAAGGUGCUUGAUGUGUACGAAGAGAGGCUGUCCAAGAGUAAAUAUCUCGCCGGAAACAACUUCACCCUGGCGGACUUAAGCCACCUUCCGGCGAUGAGGUAUCUGGUGAAUGAAAUUGGGCUGGGGCACUUGGUGAUGAGUCGGAAGAACGUACGUUCUUGGUGGCUGGACAUUUCGAGCCGACCAGCCUGGAAGAAGAUAGUGAAGCUCAUGGGCUAACCUAAUGGAUGGCUACCCAACGUGCAUGGACGAAUAAGUUAUAAUAUAAUCUUUUUACGUUUUGUGUACGACCUGUUAAACGUUAUGGAAAGCUUUACUUAAUUUAGGGCAAUCUUCGUGCGUGUAGAAAAUGCU